AGGACGUAACGUCAAAAUAAAAGCCGGACGGGAAGCAACGGAACCGAAUCAUGACACUAGCUAAUAAACUAAUACUACUGUAUCAUUAUAACACCCUAAAGCAGCUCAAUCUACUCUUUUUGAUAAAGAGAACAAAGGCAUGCUAGCUUGACAAACUUAAUAAAGGGAUUGUCUCCACCUUCUUUUAAUUGUUAAUGUGUGAAUGAUACAAUCACAAGAUUGCAGGACCGGUGUCUCAGGAUGACGCACCAGGUCCCUACACUCUCCGAGGGGCAGAAGAGGGAGCUACAUGAAACUGCUCUACGCAUAAUUUCUCCAGGGAAGGGCGUCCUGGCUGCAGAUGAGUCUGUGGGCAGCAUGGCUAAACGGCUGGCCCAGGUCGGAGUGGAGAACACAGAGGAGAACCGCAGACAGUACCGGCAGAUCCUUUUCAGUGCAGAUGACCGUAUCAAUAGCUGCAUUGGAGGGGUCAUCUUCUUCCAUGAGACGCUGUACCAGCACAAUGAUAAUGGGGUGCCCUUUGUCAGAAUGAUCAGAGACAGGGGCAUCCUGGUUGGCAUCAAGGUUGACAAGGGUGUUGUCCCCCUGGCAGGAACUUAUGGAGAAACUACCACACAGGGUCUGGAUGGCUUGGCAGAGCGCUGUAUGCAGUACAAAAAGGAUGGAGCCGUCUUCGCUAAGUGGCGCUGUGUUCUUAAAAUCAGUGACACUAAUCCAUCUAAACUGGCUAUCGCAGAAAACGCUAAUGUUCUUGCUCGCUACUCUAGUAUCUGCCAGCAGCAUGGCAUCGUGCCUAUCAUAGAGCCGGAAGUUUUGCCAGAUGGAGAUCAUGACCUGAAACGCUGCCAGUAUGUCACGGAGAAGGUCCUGGCUGCUGUGUACAAAGCCAUGUCAGACCACCAUGUAUACCUGGAAGGCACUCUCCUCAAACCCAACAUGGUCACUCCUGGACACAGCUGUCCAACCAAGUACAGCCCAGAAGAGGUUGCUAUGGCAACUCUCACCGUCUUGCGCCGCACUGUUCCCCCAGCAGUCCCUGGAGUAGCAUUUCUCUCAGGUGGUCAGGGUGAAGAGGAGGCUUCUGUCCACCUCAAUGCCAUCAACAACUGCCCUCUGCCCAGGCCCUGGAUCCUGACGUUCUCUUUUGGCCGAGCCCUGCAGGCGUCUGCACUCAGAGCCUGGAGAGGACAUAAGGAGAAUGAGAAAGCUGCCACCGAGCAGUUCAUCAAGAGAGCAGAGGUGAACAGUCUGGCAUGUCAGGGCAAGUACACAGGUGGUGAUAUCUACGGUGAGGCUGGCCAGCGCAUUUAUGGUUCCUGUCAUGCAUACUAAAUAGUAUAGAAAGUCACAUUCUGAUUACCAUUGUGUUCUUGCAUUACCAUAACAAGACAUAUUGGAGAGGAAUUGUAAUUUAGAUACUUAGGUCAUUUUUGAAUAUUGACUCUCUUUAUGAUCUCACAUGAAAACAAAUGAUAGCAUGUUUUCUUGCCUUGACAAAUGAGGACAAUCAGAAUGUGGCCUUGUACCGAAUGUACUGGAUGAAAGCUGUUUGAUUUACUUUUGUUAUGGAUGUACACCGUGCUCUUGUGGCAGUGCCAUAACUAAAGCUUUACAAUCCUACACUUACUACUCAGUAAUGCAAAUACUAAUUUGUGCUCUCAGUAAGUAGAAUUUUGGCUGCAGAGCAAUAACAUUAGUUUACUUCACAACACAGUUAAUUAAGAAUAGUGAAAAUAUAAAUGUUUGAAUGUAAGUGAUACACUUUUCGGUGUAUUAAGAAAUCAGUUCAGUCAUUUUCUAUAUUAACGGUAUUUUGAGCACUCCCCAUACAGAGACUAAGACCAACAAUGAAUUUUUUGUCUGUCAGUCCUGGAUAGCUAAUUCGUCUGUGUCAUAAACCUCAGUUGUUGUUCACAUACGAUUAAAAACACAUCAGUGAAACACAGCAUUGCACUGGGUAACAUGUUUUCUCAUUAUGAAACACAAGACCCUAAUAUUUAUUAACAAUAUCCAGAGACCUUGUGCAUGGACAUUUGACUUUUGCUUACUUCAGAUGCUGUAAAACGUUAUGGCUGUUCGGAGCCAUUGGGGCAAAGUCUUUAAAAAUAUCAGGGUGUCUUGCAAUGGAGAAACAUGUCACCCAGUGAAGCAGUGCGUUUCCCUGGUGUGUUUUAAUAAUUUUUGAACAACAAUGGAGAUUGAUGGCACAGAUGAAUAAACUUGUCCAGGACUGACAGACUGACAGACAUUAACCGUGAGUAGAAGCAAAUCAUUGUUAGUCUUGUUCUCUGUAUGGGAAUUGUUGAAAAUGCCAUUAAAUAUAGAAAAUGAUCGACCUUAUCCUUUAAAUGGAGGUGCAUUCAAAUUGUGCAAAGCUUUUCACUGUGUGUGAAUGUGUGGAUUUGUGUAGUUUAGUUUAAUUAUUUAGCAGCAACCAUUCGCAAAUAGAAAUAUUGUAUCAGAAUUAGCUUCAAGCUAAUUUGCAUUUGUUGUUCCUGGGCAGAAAGUAUAAUCAGUACAUCAACAAAAUACAAUACAACAUGAUUUUAUGUAUGUUAUUGUUCUCAACAGUCUGAUAAAGACAGUUUAAAUGUGAGCAUUGAAGCAAUAAAACAAUGUUCUGGCAAAGUGUGGUUUAAACAUUUUAUCUGGUAAAGAUUUAUGGGAUACCCCAGUCCUAAUAGAGGUCUUUAUCCCACCAAACAGACUUUUGGUGUGUGUUCUUCAUAAGAAAUAUUCAAGUUAGACGGCAAAUCCCAUCAAUUUUCAGGUUAUUUUCUUACUUUUCUCUGAGUGUGUGUAAUGGAAAUAUGAGAACACAAGCCUCUCGGCUGCACCUGAAGAGCCAUUUGACUCAUGCAACUGGAUAUUUCCUAUGUUAUACUUCUUGGUUUCUCUUCUGAGAUUUAUUUUCUUUAGUGUGCGAUUUGUAAGAUCUUCAUUUGCAAUUAGUUGUUUCCAUUUCCAUGACAUGGUUAGUUUAUGGAAUAAAACAUCUCUUGAAAAAUACAGAUUCAGGUGUUAUGGUCUGUAUAGUCACAACACCAUCACUGCUGGCUUGUCUACUGACAUCGGCAAGUCAUCCACAGUCAAUUUGCUAACAUUUUUGUUAUUGUGUGGAAAAUCAUGAAUAACCUAACAGGA